AUGCGUUAUUUACGUUAUAUCUGGAACUGUUCCCUUCUUAGUUACAAUGUAUCCGAGUACUUCGAAGAAGUUGUACAACAGUCCGAAGCUUGGCUAUUGGCCACUCGAGAAUACCUGAGUCGCGCCCUCUACUGUCUGUUUGUGUACGUGGGAGCGCUGGUGUUGUGGAACACUGCCGGAACUGUGCUAUGGUUUUAUCUGGGACGGCUGAAGCUACUGCCCAGAAAGGUCCUCUUCGAAUCGGAUGUUUCCAGUUGGUCCCUACCUCAAAGUAGGCCACAAGCACAAUGACAAUUCAGACAGACCCGUACCCAAAACACACUUAUUGCUCAUCGUCGUGAUCUUUCUAAUUUUGUAUUGGCUCUGUGAUCCCCGGCUAGCUAAAGACAGUUCCAUUGACUUUACUCUGUGUUGUGAUUAUCGGUUUAUCUCGACUGUGUUUUGUUCGUUCCUUCGCUUCAAACGAACUUCCAUCAUCUUUACGUCUACGUUUCAUCUCACUUUACCCGGUCAUCAGGACUAAGUCAGAACUUUUUCGUUAUUCCUCGCAGACCCCUUGUAUGUCCUCUCCAUCAAUGUAGCUUUCUAGUACAAAAGCCCGUUAGUUUGUUUUUCAAAUUUCGUGUUGCUUACCGCUCCAUAAU